CUAGCCCGGCCAAUCGAGCAGUGAAAUUUUGAGUUUCGUUUCGCAAAGCCAGCCAGCCAGUCCGCAGGAGCAGUAAUCGAAUGGGAGCCAUGUUGGUCAAGGUCUUGAUGUUCGCAUUGUGGCUCGUGGCCCUUAGUCAGGCGAAGCCCCAGCUGUUGGUCACGACGCCAGUGAGUUAUGCCACCGGAGCGGGUGCCUCUUGGCUGGCUCCCUCCUCCGCCGCCUACUAUCCGGCGUAUGCCAGCUAUCCGGCCUACGCGGCGUAUGCGUAUGCACCGGUUUAUGGCGCAUACGCCACGUAUCCCUACUACUCGUAUCUAGGGCGGUGAAUCCUGCUGCUGCGGGCCAACUGGAAUACUAGGUGAAUUUGUAGGUAUUCCGGGCUUGUGUACAGUGGCAGCAAUGUUCCAUUUACUAGGAGCAGUGUGAUUGGAUUUACAAACGUAAGCUGAGUGUAAGAAAUUAAAAUCUAUAGCAUUCUUUUAAAAUUGAAGAUUGGCCCACCUUUCUAUAUUUUUUUAAGAUUAUUAAUAAACAAGCCAUGUAUAAAUAUAACAAAUAUAACAAAAUCUAAUACAAUA